AUGAUUCCUAAAUCCACUCGAUCUCCUGGUUCGGUUCUACGCGAACGGACUCGUCUGAUACUUGACUGGGACAAGCCCUCUACUCGCCAUCACCCCUACCGUAUGCGCCGUCUCAGCUGCGGAUCCACCUGCUCCUCGGAUAGUUCUCAGCCGAGUCCCAGCUCUGUAAGUUCGUUGCCUGACUCUCCUCAUCCGGCUAUGCGAACCGUUCGAGACAUUCAAGUUUUCGAAAAACUUCGCCGAUUCGUGCCCACUAUUAGCUCUGAGCGCAAUGCUUU